GGCAGCCUCCGCACCCCGGGAGGGCGCGUGCCCUUGUGCGGGCAGCCCGGGCGCUGGGCCCCCGACCCAGGGAGUUGCCCGAGACGCCGGGGUGACUCCUCCCCGGGGACCGUCCCCCUCCGGGGCGCGUCAUUCUCUCCACCCCUGGGUCCGACCCCAGCAGCUUCUCGCACGCCGGCCAAGCCGGGACGAGUCUCGGCCGCCUGCUCCGGAGCCGGGGAGCCCGGGGCGCCAGCCGCCCGCGCGUCCGUCGGUCGGUCCGUGCGCCCGGGGCCCAUGGAGCUGCCGGCCAGCAACGCCAGCUGCCAGAACGGUUCCCUGAUCAGCCUGUACUGCUCCUCCCACCAAGUCCUGUGCCAGAUCGUCGGUGACCUCAGCCCCCAGGUGCCCAGCAAUGUCACCUCUCACAGCUGGAAGGAGAGGUUCAGGCAGAACUAUGGCUUCUAUGUUGGUCUGGGUCUGGCCUUCUUGUCAUGCUUCCUCAUCGGCAGCAGCGUCAUCCUCAAGAAGAAAGGCCUUCAGCGACUGGUGGCCUCCGGGGCCACACGGGCCGUGGACGGAGGGUAUGGCUACCUGAAGGACGCCAUGUGGUGGGCUGGCUUUCUCACCAUGGCUGCUGGAGAAGUUGCCAACUUCGGGGCCUACGCAUUUGCCCCUGCGACAGUCGUCACCCCUCUGGGAGCGCUGAGUGUCCUCAUAAGUGCCAUCCUGUCCUCAUACUUCCUGGGAGAGAGCCUGAAUCUGCUGGGGAAGCUGGGCUGUGUGAUCUGUGUGGCUGGCAGCACAGUGAUGGUGAUACACGCCCCCGAGGAAGAGAAGGUUGCCACCGUCAUGGAGAUGGCUGCAAAGAUGAAAGACACAGGGUACAUCGUGUUUGCUGUGCUUCUCCUGGUGUUCUGCCUCAUCCUCAUCUUCGUCGUCGCCCCACGCUAUGGACAAAGGAAUAUCCUUGUCUACAUCAUCAUCUGCUCUGUGAUCGGAGCCUUCUCCGUGUCUGCUGUCAAGGGCCUGGGCAUCACCAUCAAGAACUUCUUCCAAGGGAUGCCAGUGGUGCGGCACCCCCUCCCCUACAUCCUGUCCCUCAUCCUGGCACUCUCUCUCAGCACUCAGGUCAACUUCCUCAACAGGGCGCUGGACAUUUUUAAUACCUCGCUUGUGUUCCCCAUCUACUAUGUGUUUUUCACCACGGUGGUGGUUACCUCCUCCGUCAUCCUCUUCAAGGAAUGGCACAGCAUGUCUGCAGUGGACAUUGUGGGCACCCUUUCUGGCUUUGUCACCAUCAUUCUGGGUGUGUUCAUGCUUCACGCUUUCAAAGACCUGGACAUCAGCCAGACCAGCUUGCCCCACAUGCACAAAAACCCAACCCCCUCUCCCACCCCUGAGCCCACGGUCAUCAGACUGGAAGACAAGAAUGUCCUUGUGGACAAUAUAGAACUCUCCAGUACCCCAUCACCAGAAGAGAAGCCCAGAGUAUUUAUAAUCCAUUCUUAAAACUUGGAAUCGGUGAGUGAGAAGAUGAGCUCUAUGGUACAGCCUGACCUCUCCAUUUCAGAGGCACCUGGUUAUUUUCACCCCCACUGUUACCAGCGGGCUCUCUUUUCUCAAGACGUUCAUUUAUACCUCAUCACUGUUUCCAGAAGAAGGUUCCCUACCCAGUGAGUGGUGGUGGCAGAACUUUGUGGAAACAGCCUCAGCGACCAAAUACAUCGGUGCCAGCAGGUCCCUUGGACCUCCCUUCCCACUUGUGUCCUCGGUGCCAUCCCUGCGUUGUGGGGAAGAAGGGAGAAUCUGACCCGUUGAAUGUAGCACAGGCCAAGACCUUCCCUGAGAUGCUGGUUGUCGGGCAAUCUUUAGUGCUCGCUCUCCUGAGACUGAAUCCCAUUCCUCCGCCCAAGGAGGAAGCGCGUUGCCAGAAGCCCAGACAGCAGCUCCUCACGCCUCCCCAUCUAGGACUGACGACUGAUGUGAGACGUCCUGCUGCUUUUGCCACUCGGGCCCUGGGGACAAAAGCAUGACCUCAGCGACCUUCUUACGGUGAAAACCACCUGAUGUCUCAGGGACCAUUUGCAGCAGCCCCGUUCCCCGAGCACUCCAGCCUGGAGGUCAGCGUCUUAGUUUCCGUCCGUCCCCAGACCCUCCCCUUCUGUCUCUCUCUCCGUCCUAAGGAGUCGUCACUGAGACAUUCCGGCAAUUACCUUAGGACUCAAGACAAAAUGACAAGAACAACGGCAACAGAAGAUCCUCCACAGCCAAGCUGCGCCGGAGCAGCCCAGUGUUUCGUUUCGCCUCGCUCUGGAAAGAGAACCGUGUUUGCGCUGGUCUUAAAAGUAGUCCAGCUGUCGUGAUAGCAUUUGGCGGAAUGCACUUUCUUUUUCCUCAAGGAGUCAACCAAAAUAUGAUUUGGGGAGAUGGGGAGAGGGAGGAGCAACGUCAGAAAUUGGCAGAAAGCAGCCAGAAGCCCUCUAGAAACCCGGAGCUGACUUUUGUGUUUACUCUAGUGCCCAACCAAGAACCCAGGUGGGAGGGGCUCUGGAUAAUUUCUGGGCUGUAGCCUCAGAUGCCUGAGCAGUGGGAUCUGCCUUGAACUUUAGUGACCUGUGGGGUUGUAAGCUUGGCAUGGGGUGCAUUCUGGCUGUUGAUCUGAUUGCCACCAAGUCCCCAGGGCCACUGAUGAGCUCCCCGCCCUGGGAAAUAGCAGGUCAUGACUGCUCCAACACCACCUGCUUUGGGGACCGCCUUUAGUCCCCUCACAUUUGACCAGAAGCAUUCAAUACACAAGAGCAGGUGGAGGGAGAGAGUUUGCUUCCCGUCUUCUUUCUAGCUCCAGGCGUUGGUGGAAGGACCAUUGAAGGGGAAGUAAGAGAGCCAGUAUGAAGGGGAAGUAAGAGAGCCAGUAUGUCUAUAAAGAGGGAAGGCUUGAUCCUUGUCCCCUGGGGUGGGGACGCAGAGCUUCCCUGUAUAACCCCGUACCUGUGUCCUGGGUUGACGCCCCCUCCCCUGAGCACAGCCAAGCGCGGGCCAAACUCUUGCUGGCCUUGAGCCUCCACAGGCUUGUCUGACCGACAGACCGUCUUCCUACACCUCCGGCCUCAAAUCCCCGGUUUUUAAUGAAUGUGGAUUUCCGUCUGUGGCUAAAAUCAGUGCAACAUGUUGGAUCUUGAGAAUGGCAGUCAUCGAAGGGCCCUGAGAGUGUGGUCCGCGGGGUCAAGAAUAAAGAC